CACCCAGGCGUUGGGUUCCUUACGAACCCAGGCGCUGGGUUCACACCGAACCCAACAUGCCUGGGUUUGGUGGAACCCAACACGCUUGGGUUCCUUGCGAACCUAGGCACCGGGUUCGCAAGGAACCCAAGCGUGCUGGGUUCGCGUCUGGUGUUGGGUUUGCUGGGUUCGCGUUUGGUGCUGGGUUCGCUGGGUUCGUGUCUGGUGCUGGGUUCGCUGGGUUCGGGUCUGGUGCUAGGUUCGCGUCUAGUGCUGGGUUCGCUGGGUUCGCGUCUGGUGCUGGGCUCGCGUCUAGGUUCGCACCGAACCCAGCAUGCCUGGGUUUGGUGGAACCCAACACGCUUGGGUUCGGUUCCUUGCGAACCCAGGCGCUGGGUUCGCAAGGAACCCAAGCGUGCUGGGUUCGCGUUUGGGUUCCUACAAACCCAGCACGCUUGGAUGAAGAAGGCAUUACUGCAGGUGUUAGGUGUUGGGUUCUGUCAAUUUUGAAUGCUAGGUGUUGGGUUCAUUUGCAGGUGCUGGGUUCGAUUUCGAACCUAGCAGGUGUUGGGUUUGAGCAGCUGCUGAGUUCCUGCAAGUGAGGCUCUGGGUUUCGUUUCGAACCCAGCAGCCGUUGGGUCAAAUAUCUAUUGAGUUUAAUCUGUUGAUUUGUUGUGUUAUCCUUGAAUUUAAUAUUAGGAAUUAGGGUUAAGGAAAGGGAGAGGAAGAAGAAAGGGAGAGGAAGAAGAAAGGGAAAAAGGAAAAACAAACGAAGAAAAAAAAAAGAAUAAGAAAUUUUUUAAGAUUUU